GGUACAUCAGUUCUUGAUCCAAUUCUGACACGGCCCCAAUGAAAACCGAAGACCAUUCCAGUAACAUCUCUUCACACACGCCUAGCCCCAUCAACCGCCACAGAAGUUCCUAUCGCCAUUGUUGAGAAGAAUUUAGGGUACCCGCGAUAGGCUCACAUCUCGGGAUCGGCUCAGCUCUACUUCGUGUAAUACUUUCCGCCACCGGGGAAGAGCCUUUCUGUUGGAUUUAUCAUGGUGUCUACUUGAAAGCAAAGAAGAAAACAUGUAGUACGAAUUGCCUCAAAAAAGGAACCUACCAAGAAGUGCCGCUCAUCAACAUUCAUAAAUUUGUACUUCCCAUUUUCGGGCCCCUAGUCAAAACUCUGGUCAACAUGCAGACACUGAACGAAUAAGUAAGUUUCAAAUUUGUACCCAUCAUGGAGAUCCUCUCUGGAUCCCAGACUUUUGCUCCCUAUGUAGAGUGUUACUUUUUCACUCUUUAUAUUACUUGAAGAAAGAUAGGGAAAGGUCCAUAUUUCAAAUGAAAACCCCAUUCUUCACAACAAUUUUUAUCCUAUUAGCAAAAGUUUGUUGACAAAUACCGACACUGCACGAAUUAUCUAUACCAAGAGCAACUUAAUACUUCAACUGUAUCGGAAUCACGUCUUAGGCGUACCAGCCCACUGGAAUGAUGGGUCACUUGUCAGCUUUGGGUCCUAUCAUCAUCUUGGUGAUGUGGAUUGAGACAUUCGCUGCAGCUGUUUUUGUAGGGCUGCGGAUGUACACUCGAUACUACAUCGUUCAAGCUACGGGAUAUGAUGAUUGGCUUAUUGUCGCCAGUCUUAUCUUGUUCGUGGCAUAUACCGCUUUCUGUACGGCGGCAGCCAUCCAAGGAUUGGGGUCUCAUUUUGCCGACAUCACGCCUGCUCAAUUUGUCAUGUCGAACAAGAUGGAAAUCGCUGGCCAAACGUGCAAUAUCAUUGCCAUCGCCACCAGCAAGUCCGCCGUAGCUGUCUUUCUUUUGCGUCUCGUCGUUGUUCCCUGGCAUAAAGUCUUCCUUUGGGUUUGUAUUGCCAGUACAGUUAUUGUCUGUGUCUCCUGCGCCACUCUCGACUUCUUCCAAAGUACGCCCAUUGCGGCAGUGUUUGAUCCGUCAUUACCUCACACUGUCAACUUCAAUUUCACAGUGAAUGCGAUUUUCUCCGGAAGCUAUACAGCAAUGAUGGACUUUACUCUGGCAUUGUUUCCAUGGUACUUUCUAGCGCCUGUUCAACUCAAAAAGAAGGAGAGAUUAACUAUUUCCUUCGGCCUCACGUUGGGUGUUUUUGCGGGAAUAUGUGGUAUUGUUCGAGCUAUUGAGCUAGGAGGUUUGGCAUCUCGAACUGAUUAUACUUAUGAUACAGUCCCUCUCAUUCUCUGGGGUUCCAGCGAACUUCUUGUCGCUAUAGUAUGCGCCUGUAUCCCCGUUCUUCGUCCACUCUACACGCGACUCCGAGGCCAAACAAAGUCUUCCGACGAAGGAAGUGGUCCCUAUCCCAACAAAAGUGGAGGUAAGUCAGGAGGCGGAUAUGUAUUGAGUUCAUUGCGUCGCGAUGAGUUCUCCGCGAAUGAAAGGGGUCGAGUGGGUGGAAGAUCAAACUAUAACACGCAAGCGGAUAGUGAGAGGAGUGAGCGGGGGAUGGAUAAUGGAAGUGAUGAAAGUAUAUUGAGAGAGGCAUGGAGAUUUGGGAUCAAGGAGACAGUGGAGGUUGAUGUUAGUUAUGGGAGGGAGGGCGAUGAGGAGAUUGGUGUACCGCAGGGCGCGAGCGUGCGUGGAGGGAGCAGUGACGCGAGAGGGGGAGAGAGGGCCCCAAGUGUGCAUGGCUUUUAAAGCCCAUCAAUCUGGGAGAUGGUUUGGGAUCGAUAUGAUUUUCAUGGGCGGAUAAUGAUGAUUAAAAAGCCUUGAAUAUACUACGGUACUGGCUAGCAUUUGGGGGUUUGCAUAACGAUGCUGUGGCGUCUAAUGGUUACGUAUUUAUAUGGUUCACUAGAGAUAUAUACAUGUAUAGAUGGUUUAAGGGGCGAUAUAAAGAUUCCAUAAACGAGCAAUCGAAUAGUUUUUCUAAUUCCCGACCGUUCAUUCACCUAUCCAUUCAUACAUUCAAAUCGACCACA